AUGUCUCCUAUGUGAAAACCUCAACCCUGGGAGAGUUCUUAACUGGGCGGGAUGAUGGCAAAUCCAAUGAGCCGGUCCUUCCAGAAUGCAUCAGAUAGAACAAAGGCAUCAUUUGUUGAGAAUAGGAACCAUUCUGUUUCCUCUACCAGUGCCUGCACUGGGGAAUAGCGGCUUAAAAGAAUAUUUCAAGGCCACAACCAACUGAGGAGUAGGACAUGACACCAAGGCGUUCUCACGCAUCGGAAGCGGUAAAAGCUAACCAAGAAGGGAACGGCAUGCUUCCACAAGGAGCAGAUUCCUCUCAGAAUUCCCCUCUGAGACCAAUAAGGAAAUCAGUGAGACCAAAGCGUCAGGUGCACGGCAGGCGCGCAGUGGAUGCUGAGUGCAUAUUCCAAGAAUCACCUUUCAUAGCCGCCGAAAGAUUUGACCUCCUCCAAGGAGAACCAGACUUCCUCAUCCGGAAGAACACAAAGGAUUGCGGGGAAAGACUGCUGAUUUCAAGCAAUGAUGGUACUUGAAGUGAAGGGAAAUCCCCGCGGACCCCUUAAAUCAAGGGUCAAUCCGCGGGAGGUAAACUUCAGUCGAUUCCGGAAAUAAACUACAACUCCCGGCAUGCCCGAGGGGGCGGGCUCGGCGGCUGCGCAGAUAGGCGCGCAGGCGGUCACGGGACUACAGCAUGGCGGUGUUUGCGGACUUGGACCUGCGAGCGACUGCGGACCUCAAGUCCCUCCGAGGACUAGUGGAGACAGCCGCUCACCUUGGCUAUUCGGUUGUUGCCAUCAAUCAUGUGGUUGACUUUAAGGAAAAGAAACAGGAAAUUGACAAGCCAAUAGCUGUCUCUGAACUCUUCACAACAUUACCAAUUGUACAGGGAAAAUCAAGACCAAUUAAAAUUUUGACAAGAAUAACAAUCGUUGUUUCAGAUCCAUCUCACUGUAAUGUUUUGAGAGCAACUUCUUCAAGGGUUCGGCUGUAUGAUAUCGUUGCUGUUUUUCCAAAAACUGAGAAACUUUUUCAUGUGGCUUGCACACAUUUGGAUGUGGAUUUGGUCUGUAUCACUGUGACAGAGAAACUACCAUUUUACUUCAAAAGACCCCCUAUUAAUGUGGCGAUUGACCGAGGCCUGGGCUUUGAGCUUGUCUAUGGCCCUGCUAUCAAAGACUCCACAAUAAGAAGGUACACAAUUUCCAAUGCACUCAAUCUGAUGCAGAUCUGCAAAGGAAAGAAUGUAAUUAUAUCCAGUGCUGCCGAAAGGCCGUUAGAAAUAAGAGGACCAUAUGACAUAGCCAAUUUAGGGUUACUAUUUGGACUCUCUGAAAGUGAUGGCAAGGCUGCUGUGUCCACCAACUGCCGAGCAGUGCUUCUCCAUGGAGAAACCAGAAAAACUGCUUUUGGGAUCAUUUCCACAGUGAAGAAACCUCGGGCAGCAGGAGAGGAGGAGGAUUCUCUCCCGGCGUUCAAGAAGGCUAAGUCUUCCUGCUAAUACUGACUCCAGCAACCAGUUGUGAUGGAUCAAGUGGAUUCUUGUUACCCGCAUAAGUACCGGGAUUGAUUUUCUGGCUCCCAGCUUUGGCCCGUUCAAGGCCCAACCAUUGCAGACACUUACGGAGUAAGCCAGUGAUAACAAUUUUCCCUCUUUCUUCUUCCCUUCCCCUUUUCAAAACAAAACAAAAAUAAUAAAAAUUUGUGGCAAAAUACAAGUAGCAGUGUGCCCACAUACACGGAUCUUAAAGUUUGUGGGAAAUUAUGUUGUGAAAAAACUGCACGGAUUUCGAAAAUUUUUGCACCAAAAUAAACUCUGAGUUAGCGUACCUGAACAGGAUCUCCUUUGAG